CAAAUUGCUGCCUACAAACAAUGAAUGAAGCGGGUGAUAAUCAUCAAUCAUUCAAGGAUUUAUUCUUUAACUCAAAAAAACUUUCAUUUAUUGAUCCAUCAGAAUUUAUUGUAACAAAAGUACUUGGUGUUGGUACGUUUGGUUUUGUAAAAGAAGCAUCAUGGAAAGAACAAAAAGUUGCUAUCAAAUAUUUUCAUCUAAAUAAUGAUUUUUUCAAAGAAGCUGAACAAUUAUCACUUGUUAAACAUGAAAAUAUUAUCACUGUUUUUGGUUAUACAGUUAGUACGGAAAAAAAUGGUCUUAUUCUUGAAUUUGCUGAUGGUGGUAAUCUUUAUAAUUUUUUACAUGCAAAUAAUACAUACAGUAUAGUAAAAUAUACAUUGGCUCAUGCCAUUUCUUGGUGCCUUCAAUGUGCUCGUGCUGUUCAUUAUCUACAUUCAUUAAAUAUUCUUCAUCGUGAUCUUAAACCAUCCAAUUUACUGUUAACAAAUAAAUGUCGAACAAUAAAAAUUUGUGAUUUUGGUACAGCAAGAGAAAAACAAGAUACAAUGUCAAUAAAUUUAGGAACACCUUGUUGGAUGGCACCAGAAGUAUUUCGAUCGAAAAAAUAUACCGAAAAAUGUGAUGUAUUUAGUUGGGGAAUAAUCCUUUGGGAAGUAUUAUCACGUAAAGCACCUUAUACAAAUUUCGAUAAUAAUUAUGCAACAUUAUGGGCCAUACAAAAUGGUGAACGGCCACCAAUGUUUCGUGAUUGUCCAGAAAUUUUACGUCGUUUAAUAACCGAUUGUUGGGAUUAUGAUCAUUCGAAACGUCCUUCGAUGGAAAAAAUAGUUAAAAUUAUGGAAAAAAUUUUAAGUUUAUGUCCGGAUGAAGCAAACGAUGAAAUCAUUCCAAUCAAACAAGAAAAUUUUGAAUAUAGAAUAGUUAAUAUUUCCAAUGUUAAUACUGGUACAAAUUCUUCCAACAAUACAAUAUUCUCUGAUGAUUGUUUAAUGCCAAGAUUACCGAAACCAAAUGUUGGUCAUAAACGUUCGAAUUCAAGUGAUGCUCAAAUUGUAUUAGCUGAAGAAAAUCUGAAUCCAGAAAAUGCAGAAAUUUCUGAAGAAAAAAUACAAGAAUUAAUACAAUAUUUUAAUGCUUAUUUGUUUCUACAUUCACAUUUAGUACCACCAACACCAGAUGUACAAAAUUGUCAAUCAAUGGUUAUAUUUGAAAAUCAUCGGAAAUCAGCAUUAAAAUUAUAUCGAAUGAAAUCUGAACAUGAAUUUUGGUUAAAUCGUAUCAAAGAAUUGAAUGAAAAACUAAACAAUCCAGAACUUAUUGAAGAUUCUUCGGCUCAUUAUAUUCAUUUAACAAAAGAGAAAAUUAAUCUACAAAAAAUUCGUUCAUCAUUUGCUAAACAAUUAUUUGAAUUGAUGAGAAAAAAAGAUACUACUACUACUACAAAUACUUCUGCACAACGUUCAGAUGGUGAAUGGAUUUUAAUCGAUAAUUCUAGUCAAAAAAAAUAAUAAUUUGGGAACAUU